UCUAUCUUUCCUGAAUAUUCAAUCGAUGGCCGCUGAACUUCUCUCACCUCCGCAAUUCGUCUUUUAGACGUUUGGAUUUGUCGUUUUUGCGAUCGGGCGAAUACAUACAAGAAAGUUGUUGUUUGCUUUUGCAUGGCAAUUUGGCGUUGUGUUGUUUGUUGUUGCUGCUGACUUUUUUAUUCUCUCCUUUUCCAAUUCUCUUCUCUUCUAUUUUUUCCCGUAUCGAACCCUUUUUUUCUUACGACGUUACGACCCUCUAUGGCCUUCCAAAGAUACCCUCGAUUUUUACGAAGUAAUUGUUUAUAAUCCCGACACCUUCCGUUCUCGCAUUCGACCUACACUGCUUUGGUCGCAUUUUCAACAUUACGCCGCGAGGCGUUUAGACCUUCGCGAUGGACCAACCGCCGCCGCCGCCGCCUCAUGGCAACAAUCCCAGGCCUAACAACUCAAACCUACCUCCUGGAAAGUACGACAUAUUCAUCAUACCGCCGCACUCAUCCGGUUCGGGUUUUCUCUAUCUCCCGUCGCUGAAGCCGAACCUCAAUAGUUUCGCUGCGGGAUUUGCUAGUGCUUUGGUCCUGGUUGUCUUAUUCCAGAGCAUGGGACCUGCCUUCCGGGUAUGGUGGAGUAGCUUUCAAGGAAUGGGAAAUGCUGGAAUGGUGCUCUUAGUCAUUGGAGUUGGCAUUGGGGCUUGGUCUCUGGGCAGGACACAACAAGAUAGCGGCCCGAGAUUUGCAACAGGAGGAGGUCCUGGAAAUGCUCACGGCGGAUAUGGCCCCGGUCCUGGGGGCUAUUCUAACGGUCCUACUCCUAAUGGUGGACCACCUCCCCAUUCCGGUGUGCCUCCGCCCCCACCACCUCAUGGUUCGCCGCCGCCUCCUCGAUCUGGACCGACACCUGGCACGCCAGGCGGCGGGGGACCCAAGCAAUCGUGGCAGCACCAACCACAAGCUGAUGAGUCCAGGCCACCGCCCCAGGAGCCACGACCGGAGACACCUAGGGAACCUCCCCCUCCCAGACAGAAGCCCAGAGAAACUCCCCGGGAAACACCUCGGGAAACACCUCGAGAAGCCCCCCGGGAAUCUCAUCGGGAGCCGCCCCAAGAACCACCGCGUGAACCACCCAGGGAGCCACCUAAAGAACCUCCUCGAGAAUCCCCAAGAAAACCCCAGCGAGAGCCUCGGGAGACUCCUCAAGAAUCUAAAGAGCCUCCUCGAGAGCCGCCGAAGGAACCUCCCAGGGAACCCCCCAAGCAAGAACCGGCAAAGGAGACACUAAAGGGCUCUUGGGAGAAAGCAAGAGAAGAAGUUCGUAAAAGGGAAGAGGAACGAAAAGCCAAGGAGGACGAGAGACGCAAGCGGGAGGAGGUGGCGAGGCGAAUAAAAGAGCUCCGCGAAAGAGAAGCUAAAGAGCGCGUACGCCGCGAACAACAGGAAAAGGAAAGGCAAGAACGUGAAGAACAAUGGGCGAAGGAACAGCAGGAGCGGGAGCAAAAGGAAAAAGAGCAGAAGGAGAAGGAGCAACGGGAAAGCAGGAUACGAGAGGCGAGGGAACGCCAACUCCGAGAGAAAUUCCAGCGUGAGAGGGAUCUUAGAGAAAAGCUGGAAAGGGAAAUGAAGGAAAAAGAGGUGAGGGAGAAGGAAGUAAAGGAACAAGAAGCGAUCCGAGCCAGGAAUUUAAUCGAAGCCGCUCGACUAAGGGCGGAAGCAGCUCGAUUAAGAGAGUUGGAAGCAGCCAGGCUCAAAGCGCUAGAGGAGGCUAAACAGAAGGAGUUGGAGGAAAUUAGAAAGAAAGAGGCGGAGGCUGCCCGGUUAAGGGAAUUAGAGGCCGCCAGGCAGAGAGAACUUGAAGCUGCUAGACGAAAGGAGGAAGAAGAGGCGAGAAUAAGGGAGGCUGAGGCAGCUAGGUUGAGGGAGGCCGAGGCCGAGAAUGCUAGGAGAGGUGCAUACGCCUACUCCUCAGUGGGAGAGAAGACGAACCCUUGGCCGAAUGGAAAGCCGCCGACUGCUCGGCCGUCGACUCCUCCUAGACCGAGUCCAAGUACUACUUCUAGCAAACCUAGUGCUACCUCGACUAAGAGGCCGUCAGCACCAUCGCCGGCACCGGGACCAGCACCAAGCGCGAGAGCAGCUAGCUCCAAGGCCCCCAGCGGCGUUAGUGAAGAAACUUACUCAUACCGACCUUACGACCAACCUAAGAGCCAUGGCCGGAAGAAGUCGAGCGAGACGACCUUCACAGAAUCGUCAUACGCCCCUUCGCAAUCAACUUCACGAACAACACCUCCGCCUUCUGAGCGUGGCCCUUAUCAGACUAAGGAUCCGGGUAAGGUCGUUAUUAAGGCGGUUUACGGCUUUCUUAACCAGUUCUCUAAAACACCUGUCUCUCAACUCAUCUCUGGUGUAGGACCAGUAACAGAUGGUCUGAUCCUUCGUAUAUCAUCCGAGGGUAUCUUCAUCGAUGACGAUGUCCGUAACGAGCCGCAGCGAGAAUGGGAUGUUAAGGCGUGGACACUCAAAACGGUGGAAGUAUGGUGCCCGGCGCAUUGCGCCGCCGAAUCCAACACGGCUACUAAAGCAACGUCAAAGACACAUCGCUUCCGGUCGGCGAUACGCGGAGACCCUAAAACAUUGACUGGUGAUGAUGCCCUGAUGUGUGUGUCGGAACUUUUGCACUCUUGUAAGAACGAAUGCCGCCUUGCUCCUCACGGAGGACGGAACACUACGUCGUCUUUUGUUAGUGCCAAUAGACGACGAGGUCUCCAUCUGAUGCGCGCAACGGUUCGAGAUCAAGAGGGCAAGAGGCAUUUGUUCGUGAUCGAUGAGGAAGAAGGUUGGAAAGUUGCGCACGGCUUAAAGAAUCUGAUUAUGGGCAAACAGCACAGAUUGCUUGGUGUGCAGUGCAUGUCGAAGACCGAUGCCCAAGAAAUACUCAGCACGCUUGGAUGGUGAUCGAAAACGGUCUCGAAUCGGUGUUUCUGGGUAUUUAUUGGGAUUGGAUAUCUUUUGGAUGGUAUGCUAACAAGUACUUCCCUGGAAUGCUUCAUUUUCUGUCGUCGCAUUCCACAAGUAUUUGCUACUUACUAACGCUAAUUCCCCUCUCAACAUGGAGCUAAAUCGGCCUCAUCCCUCCAUUCUUGUCAAUACUUCAUUGUUCAUUCUUUUUUUUUUUUUUUUCCACCCAUGCAUGCAUCGGCGACGCGACGGCGUACUGGGGGCGGGCAAAUUUGCAAAACGCACAGAUUUGUUUUUUCGUUUUUGUGUUGAGCAGGCUAUCUAGCAUAGCAACAGAGAAGAACAGAACUGGAUUGCAUGUAGAGCUGAAAAUUGUCACCGAUUGGUCAGAUAAUUCAUGAAUAUACCACUACUAUUGAACGAUAAA